AUGAAUCUACAGACGAAGCGACGUCAUCACCGCUUACUUGUCGAGGAUGUAGAGAUAAUUAAAUUUCCUUGCGCGGGUCGGGUUAAUGUGGUGGUGGUUGUAUUUUUGCGCCACCCGAAAAAAAUAGCGCUGGAUGUCACGAUGAUUACGUCACGCAUCACCGAUGGAGUGUACGUGUCAAGCACAACAUGUUUUGCACUGUGGAAAGCUUGCCAAAGCAGAUAUCAUCUUCGGUUGUCGCAAUAUAACAGUACAGAAAGUGCGUUUUACCGCUUUUUUGCUCAAGGCUUGCUGUAUUACAUUAUGAACUCGUCUUUUUUUAUCAAUCAGUAA